AUGGGAGUUACGUCCAUCACUGUGCGUAGUCCCUCUGCGCUGACCGCUAGGUCUCUCCCGUCGGUCUCCAUUACCGCGUGGCGCCCCCCGUACCCUCUUUUCUGUGUGUUCUCGCUUGUGUAUCUUCUGCUUUCCGGUGUGUUGGACGGAAGGUGCGGUAGAAUCAGCCAGGCUGUCUCUGCAGGCCUGCGUCCUCAUUCCACCUCGCCAGUUUCCAUGAUUCGUCCCGCCAUCCUCAACACCGUUGCCUGCAGCCGCUUCUCUGGAGUCUUUCAUCCGUUCCCCCGCCUCUCCUUCGCGCGGCUGAGCCUUUCAACUGGGGAGACGCUCAAGAUCUCUCCCAGCUUUCUGACGCCUCUCACAGGCCGCUCUCGCGUGUACGGCUGCCGUCCGAACGAGGUAAACGCUUCUCGCCGCUCUCCUCCCGCGUCGUCUCCUGCGUGCAGCGAGGCGUUUUCGAAGUUCAAGUUCACCUUUUUAGCGCUUGCGAGCCCUCCGUCUUCAAACAGGCGGGUACUGGCCAUUGCUUCCCUUGUGUUUUGGAGCGGGUGCAGACUGCCAAGAGGGGUCGGAUGCGUCUGCUUACCUGCGCCCUCGUUUUUGCAGACAAACGCGCGCCGUCGCUGGAUAUCUCCGCGGCACACCACCAUGGCAGCAGCAGGCAACGCGUCGGGAAGCUCUGACGGGGCCUUCUCCGGCAAGCCAAAAAUCGUCUUCGUGCUCGGCGGCCCAGGCGCUGGCAAAGGCACCCAGUGCGAACUGCUGAUGAAGCACCACAACGUGGUUCACAUCUCUGCCGGCGACUGUCUGAGGGAGGAGCGUCAGAGGCCCAACAGCAAGGAUGGCGAAUUGAUUCAAGAAUGCAUUCGAGAAGGUCGCAUCGUUCCUGUGGAGAUCACGCUGACCCUGAUUCUCAAGAAGAUGCUCGCCCACGGCUGGGCGCGAGUGUUCCUGAUUGAUGGAUUCCCCCGCAACCAAGAUAACUUGGACGGCUGGCUGGCCUUCACCCGAUGCGACAACCUGGUGAUGAAGCUCGAGCAGAUCAAGGGCACGAACCCUGAGCUGACCCCACAGUGCGACAGAGUUCUCACUCAGCUGACAGCAGCCGAGAAGACCCCCCCUGGGGGGGAGGAGGCGACGGCGCAGCAGGCGAACGGCUUGGACGCGGAGGACAGCGGAGUCGACGUCUCCUUCUGCUUGUUUCUGGACUGCCCCGAAAAGGCGAUGGAGGAACGCCUGCUGGAGCGAGGCAAGAACAGCGGCCGAGCGGACGACAAUGCAGCGGCCAUUCAGAAGCGAUUCAGAACUUACCAACAGGAGACGAUGCCGAUCAUCAAGUUCUUUGAAGCCAGAAACAAACUCAAGCCUGUUGAUGCAGCUCAGACUGUCGAGCAAGUGUGGGAAUGCGUCGAUGCGUUGUUCAAGAACCUGUGA